CCGCACCAGCAGGACAUGUGCUGAGUGUUUUGGACUGGAGCGCCAGGAUCCCAACCGCUGUCACUCAGCCCUGCGGAGUCCCGCCUCUUUGUCUCAUGAUCCAAUGAGCUGAGAGAAACCACCACUUCCGGUCUUUCGUACAAACACAUGUAUACUAGCCGUUAUCUCAGUCAACAACACAAAAAGUGGCAAUAAACGCCGCUGAAGAUGGUCCAGUUUAGUAGAAUUUGCUUCCGGAAGUAUGGAAAUUUUGUGGACAACCUCCGCCUGUAUGCCCGUGGAGGCAGUGGGGGCAUGGGUUUACCCCGUCUUGGGGGACAGGGAGGGAACGGUGGAGAUGUUUGGGUGGUGGCUACAAAGAACAUGACCUUAAAGAGAAUCAAGGACAAGUACCCCCAGAAACGUUUUGUAGGUGGAGCAGGAGCCAAUAGCAGUGUCCGAGCACUGAAAGGAGAGAGGGGGACGGACAAGGAGAUCUUGGCUCCUGUUGGUAUCACAGUCACCACUGAUGAUGGCAAAAUACUUGGUGACCUGAAUACUGAGGGUGAUCGUCUGAUUGUGGCAAAAGGAGGAAACGGAGGCUCCUUCUACUCUGCGUUUGAGCCCAGUAAAGGCCAGGCCAAACACAUAAGGCUGGACCUCAAACUCAUUGCCGACCUGGGCCUUGUUGGGUUCCCAAAUGCAGGAAAGUCCUCUCUCCUGACAGCCAUGUCUAAUGCCACACCGCAGAUUGCCAGCUACGCUUUCACAACUUUGAAGCCAGAGAUUGGCAAACUGAUGUAUAAAGAUUACAAGCAGAUUUCUGUUGCUGAUCUCCCAGGCUUGAUUGAGGGAGCUCACAUUAACAAAGGCAUGGGCCACAAGUUCCUAAAACAUGUGGAGAGGACCAAGCAGCUGCUGUUUGUGGUAGAUGUUUGCGGUUUCCAGCUGGCAAGUAAAACACCAUUUAGGUCGGCCUUUGAAGCUGUACAACUUCUCACCAAGGAGUUGGAGUUGUACAAAGAGGAGCUUGUAUCGAAGCCGGCUUUACUGGUGGUGAAUAAGAUGGACCUGCCUGAUGCUGAGGACAAACUAGCAGAGCUGAAGGAGCAACUACAAAACCCAGACAAGUUCUCUGAUCUGUUGCCUGAUGACAUGAUACCGAAGAACUAUAUGACCUUCAGACACGUGGUUCCUGUCUCUACCUCCACUGGGUUUGGUAUCGACCAUUUAAAAAGUUGCAUCCGAGAAUCGCUUGAUGAAGAUGCAGAAAUGGCAACUAAAGCUAUCCAUCAAGAAAGACUGCAGGCACUGAGGUCCCAGUCACACGAGCAUUUGUGAUAAACACGGACAACACGUUGCACAUUUCAGUGGGACCUACAGUGUACAACGACAGAUGAGUCUUAUUCUGUCUGCCAAAAAAAGUUAAAACUAAUUGAACUUUAAUGGCAGGUAAAUAUCAUCCACUGAGAAACACCUGUGACAACAGGAACUAUGCGGUUUCAGCGCAGACCUGUCCGUGGAAGUGACGGAGGAUGACUUUCUCACUGACCGUCACAGCCAAAACAUCCAAUGUGACGAGGCUCCACAAGUUCAGGAUGAGCUGAACCGUGCUUCGAAUAGUCGUUUGUUUGGUCGGAGGUUGUUAUCAAAAUCUAAGCAACAAUUAACAGGGUCCACCUUUAUUCAGAAAUUGUACAUUGUAAUAAGACGGAUUUACGGAUUUAUAUGCUUACUCAUGAAAGAAUGGCAGCAUUUGGUGCCAGAUACAUUAAUUUAUAAAGAAUGUACUUAACACCCUUGAGAGAGAGGACAGGUGCAUUUGUACCAACCAGUCCUUUUCUGUUUCAUCCAAUUGCUUAUGAAGAUUAAAAUUGUAUUUAUUUUUAUUUGUGUGUGUGUGUGUGUGGUAAGGAUGCACUGAUCCAACUUUUUCUCCCCUGAUACCGAUUCUAAUACCUCAAAUCUGGGUAUCUUACAAUACAGAAUAACGAUCUGAUAUCAGUGCUCUCUUUUUCCCAAGUUUAAAAUCUGUAUAUCUUACUGUGGAGAACUCAUAGCAGUGAGUUUGAUGUGAGGUAACAUGAGGCCAGGGAUUACUGUGGCACCAAAACCUGAGUCUGCAGCCUGCCCUAACUGAUGGUGUAAAGUAAACACUGAAUUUUAUUAUGACAUUGACAAAGAAACUGUAUUUACUGUUAGAUCUGUCACAUCUGGCUGAUACCCAUUCCGCUAAAUAAUGUCAGUAUUGGAUCAGUCCAUCUCAAGUGUGUUGCCCAUUUACUGAAUUGUAAUACAAAACAAUUAAUAAAUGGAGCCCAUUUCCCAGUA